AUGCCAGAAACCGUUCUCAGCUGUGGAGUCAUUCCUCUGUGUAAACAGGCCGUCGCACAAACUACUUACUGGUCUAGGAUUUGUAUCCCACUUGCUUGUACUAGUGCCGAACUGCAAGCCUAUGGUUGUGACCAAGGAUGGACCGACUACAAUGACUACUGCUACAGGGUGUUGGUCGGGCAGGUUACCGCGGACACGGCUAGAGACCAGUGUCGCAGCUUCGGAGGGUCGUUGUCCAGUGUGUGGAGUCCAGAGGAGAAGAGUUUCAUCAUCUCUCAUUGGCAGUACCCCAACAGCGAGACCGACUUCCUAUGGAUAGGGCUGCGAGGUUCCAGCACCAAUGGGUGGGUGUAUGACGAUAACUCAGCGGUCAAGAUCAAACAUGGAGGUAAUCACAGUGAGAGGUUUUGUAGUUGUUUCUACUCAAUGGUGUUCCCCGGACUGCCGGCCGCGACCUCUCACAAGUGCGUAGCCCUCCGGAACAGCGGAAGCCUGGCGUUCUUGGACUGUACCCUGACCGCCAACGCGUUUGUCUGUAAAAAGGCUCUUCCUAAGGUAUUCAUUACUACCAGCCUGUUAAACCGUACUGGCCCAGUGGCAGUGAGUCCUGUAGGACAUGCUCAGCUGUUUGAGAGGAUGUUCCCUACUGCCCUUACUGCCCUUCCAGGUGACAACAUGCGUCUGGCGGAAGUGGCGGUAGCCAGUGAGGUCGGCUGUGCGUUCAGGUGUUUCAGUGUCAGCGGCUGCCAAGUGUUUCAAGUCAGCUGUCAGUCAUCCCACAACUGUGAAUCUCUCCAGUGCGUGCUCUUUUCAGAUUUCAGCCAGUAA